UAGAUAGAAUAUGUAUGAACAGUAAAAUUCGGCACUUCGUUUCGAAUUUCAAAAACCUUAUUACAUGCCUUUGACAAUACCUACAAGAAAUAAUAUAGUAUUUGAACAAUCUUUUCCAUAUGGAUAUUACACUGAUGCAACCAAACAAGUAGCAGUGCGUGAAGUCUUUAUUGGUGCAAGAACAAACCGGAAUAAAUACUGAGAUAAUGACCAACAACAACAUCCUACACGUGUUCCUUGUAGUUGUCAUCGUGUUUAUCAAUGGCGCUUAUGGAUUUGAAAAACGCUGCUAUCAUAACGAAUCGGACGAUGCAGACGUCUUUACGUUGGAAAUGCGUGAACAAGUCUCUACCGGUGUCGCCAUGCAAAUCAUGGCGUUGAAUGGGGCAAGCGGGAUGGCGCCGACAAAUUGUACCAGCCUUGUCUUGGGAUCAGUUAACCAACUGGUCAUCAAAUACAACACAUCGUCUGCUUCUCAAACAACCCCGAACCCGUCGACCAACAACUGCUUUGUGACGUAUUCAGCCCCUAUAUUUAGUGUGAAGGUAACAGUACAAGGAAAUCCGGGUUUCGUGACAAUAACCGACCGGUUCUAUGACGUAGAUUGUAACACAACCAGUGUAGACGACAACUUACAAAAUCUGGCAGGCGGGAACAUAACCAAUGUCCUAACCUUUAAUGAGGCGGUCACUCGAAAAGACAGAGUUACCAUGCAGUUGAUCAAAGUGGACGGCACAAUCAACGGCAGUCCAGUAAAGAUUCCGGUUCUCCUGGGGGAUAGGGUACGGGUGCGGGUGACUUACACACUCGAUCCGGCCGCUACAGCCGGGGAAUACCCGAUCGGCCUCCACAACUAUGAUCUGACUGUAGGACCAGGGAGUGGAGCAAGCGGACGGGUUCAACUUAUAACUGACACUGGGUGUGUUCCUACCACGCAAAGUCCAUUUGGCCUCACAAGAACGUUUUAUCACAACCGGAGACUAAGUUAUCCACGCGUUCCAAACCAACAUGUUUUUGAGACAGGACCAUUCAAAAUCGUAAUGUUUGCCAAGCCAACAUCUAAACAACUCCACUUCACGCUACGUUACAGUGCCGAAUGCUACGACGACUUGGAAGAAAAAUGUUUCGAUCAGCAGGCUACCUGCGAUCGUAGAAAAAAGAGGGCAGCUAACGAGGGAGGAAAUACAACACUCUCCUUGAACAUACAGGUAGCCAUGUCCGGCGAAGCGCCUCUGGAACAAGAUGUUGGCUCGAUCAAAAACCUUAAAGCUCAAGAAUGUGUGACCUACGAGACCUACUGGAUCCUCGCUGUCGUGAUUGGUAUCGUUCUGUUGGUAGUUACCAUGGUAACCAUCUACGCCUUCUGUCGACUGCGCGCUGAACAACAACGGUCCAUGGUCCACGAGAAAUCCGGACACUAAAAUCCAGCCGAAAAAAAAAACAAACGAAUCAAGAAAUUGAAUAAUUAUGUUUUUUGUUUUAAAUGUGUCCUUCAAUCAAAUGCCUUUAUGAAGACUUUCGUUUGCUGACUCAAUUCAAACACUGUACUCGAUAUUCUUCAUUGUCAUUAGUUUUUGCUGUAUGAAUUAUGAAACAUUACAUUUUUUUGUUUUUUUUUAGUUAUAUAGAGAUAUACUAAAUGGUAUCAGUAAUAAAACAUUUUGAUUUUUUCAAUAAAUAAAUGUUCAACA